AACGUGUAACCCCCCAGCCCGCGACGACCCUCCUGAAAUGUCAUCGAAGCAGACGCCCUUGAGGCCAAACCGAAAGGUCAACGAGACCGCGAAGGAUGUCUUUUUCUUCAUUCCCAACUUGAUUGGAUACAGCCGAGUCGUCUUGGCGGGUGCUUCGCUUUACUACAUGCCCUUUCAUCCCAAGUAUUGCACGUGGUUGUACGUUGUGAGUUGCUUGUUGGACGCGUUCGACGGAAUGGCUGCCCGGAGAUUCAACCAAUGCACCAAGUUCGGAGCUGUUCUCGACAUGGUCACGGAUCGUUGUACCACCUCUGCGCUUCUCUGCUUCCUCUCUUCCGAGUACCCUAGAUUCACCAUUCUUUUCCAAUCCCUGAUAUCGUUGGAUUUGGCUUCGCACUACAUGCACAUGUACUCUACCCUUACCACCGGUGGAGAGUCGCACAAGAAGAUCCCCAAGGAGGGUAACUGGGUCUUGAGACAGUACUACGGCAACAACUACGUCUUGUUCGCGUUCUGCGCGUGUAACGAGCUCUUCUUCGUCGCUCUUUACCUCUUGUCUUUCCCGCCUCGUUCGCCUCCACGUCUUGGAUACCUCAUGGGCAUGCCUCUUUCCUACCCUUACGUCCUCGCUGCUCUUACCUUCCCCAUCUGCGCCGCGAAGCAGAUCAUUAAUUGCGUGCAGAUGGCGAAUGCGGCAAGGGCUCUUGUGGAUGUUGAUUUGCAGGACAGGAAGGCCGCUGGUGUCCACGCCAACGACAAGAUGAUGAAAGACUCGUGAACAGCAUACGCCAGUGAAAUGAGAUUGAUGAUUAGCGUGAGAAGGAUGUAAUGAAGCUACGGGCCAUUUGCAGGAGGGGAUUUCAGACUAGAUUCGAUUGUUUGACAUUCGUUUUUAUAAUCCGACUUCGAUUGAAACUCGGUACACAGGACAUUUAAGCAUAUAUUCCGCUCUGUCCCCGCG